CCUCUCUCUCUCUCUCGGUCGGUGUUUCCUGCCGGGCUGCUGCUGCUUUGCGCGCUGCUGCGGGGCCACACUGCACCGCACCGAGCCGGAGGAAAGAGGAGUUAAAGCCGCGGAACCGCACCGACAGCACCGGGGGGCCAGAGCGGCGGAGAGGCACGAUCCAAGCAGAAGAAGAAAGGAGAGGGUUUGACUUUGAACGCGCCGGAGAAAUACAUUUAUAUAUAUAUAAAAUAUAUAUAUAUAUUUAUAUAUCCCUCCGAGAAGAAGAAGCGUCACACACCGCGCUGUUCCUCCCUCCAUCUCUCCGUCUGCUCGGGGGAAGUGAAGAAGAAGAAGGUGAAAAACGAAGAAGAGGACACAGGAAAAAAAAAUCUCUUUGGGGGGUUUAAUAUCUCCGGAGCACGGACGCGGUGUUGGAAACCUCCCCCCCUUUCCCCCCCCCGGACGGACCAGGGCCGAAUCUGAUUCUCUCCGUGUUCUAGCAGCAGCGACACCAUGAAGGACCGUACGGCGGAACUGCGAAGCGCUAAGGACAGCGACGAUGAUGAAGAGGUGGUGCAGGUCGACAGGGACCACUUCAUGGAUGAGUUCUUCGAACAGGUGGAGGAGAUCAGAGGCUGUAUAGAAAAGCUGUCGGAGGAUGUGGAGCAGGUCAAGAAGCAGCACAGCGCCAUCCUGGCCGCCCCCAACCCUGACGAAAAGACCAAGCAGGAGUUGGAGGACCUCACAGCUGACAUCAAGAAGACAGCCAAUAAAGUUCGCUCAAAAUUAAAAGCCAUCGAGCAGAGCAUCGAGCAGGAAGAAGGUCUCAACAGAUCAUCAGCUGACCUCAGGAUCCGCAAAACACAGCACUCGACGCUGUCACGUAAGUUCGUGGAGGUGAUGACUGAGUACAACACCACGCAGUCCAAGUACCGCGACCGCUGCAAGGACCGCAUCCAGAGACAGCUGGAGAUCACCGGGAGAACCACCACCAACGAAGAACUAGAGGACAUGUUGGAGAGUGGCAAGCUGGCCGUCUUCACCGAUGAUAUCAAGAUGGACUCUCAGAUGACUAAGCAGGCUCUGAACGAGAUCGAGACCCGACACACCGAGAUCAUCAAGCUGGAAAACAGCAUCCGCGAGCUGCACGACAUGUUCGUCGACAUGGCCAUGCUCGUCGAGAGCCAGGGCGAGAUGAUUGACAGAAUUGAGUACAACGUGGAACACUCCGUCGACUACGUGGAGCGAGCCGUAUCCGACACCAAGAAGGCCGUCAAAUACCAGAGCCAGGCCCGCAAGAAGAAGAUCAUGAUCAUCAUCUGCUGCGUCAUCCUGGGCGUGGUCCUGGCGUCGACCAUCGGCGGCACGCUGGGCUUCUAGAGACGCUCCGCCGAGCUGCCACCACCGUGACGCCCGCCGCUGACCCAACCGUCUGACCGCCAGCAGAGAAAAGACACACCGACGACGACGACGACAACUACGACAACACAAAAACUUGAAACACAAAUGCAAGACAGAUAAACCAAUCAGCUAGGAAGAGAUAACCAAUCACAGAUAAGAGGAAACACCACGGGGUUGGGUGGGGUUCAAAAAACAAAGACAAAAAAAAAAAAACACAAUAAAAACGCCAUCACAUUAUAGCUGACUUAAAUACUUAACGUAUACAAAAAGAAGGUCAGAUAAACCUAUUUACUACAGCUGUACAUGUAAAUGUAUUGAACAUAUGAAGCAACACAUGGGUUAGCUACCUGUAAAAAAUUAUUACCUAUAAUAUGACAUUUACUUGUCUGUUGGUUUGUUUUGCUUUUUUCUCCUAUUUUUUAAAAAGUUUUUUUCGUUUUUCGGGAGUCUCCGAGGACAGUAAUGGUGACGGCUGCCGGAUGCGAGUUCUACGGGACGAAGCGUUUCCCAGAGCCAAACUUUAAUUUGUGUGUUAAUUUCUUACAUUUAUGUAAAGUGUCUGGAAGCGAGCACUUAAUGGAAGAACAUAAUAAAUGUGCCCGGCUUUCCAGUUACGUUUUUUUCUCCUUAAACUGAACGAAGUCUCUUCGGCUUUACAGAAACUCUAGAGGAACGCUGUCCCGCAGGGUGAGCGCCCGCUGGCUUUGUUAGAAACAACGUUGUCCCCUUUGUUUCCAGGAGGGAGGGUCCGACCUCGCCGUUUUGGCUCAGACGCCUCUUUAGCCCGCCUCUCUUUCGCCUCGGUCAGCCUGUUAAAUUAGCGUAGACUGGCAAAGUUAGGCCUGCCAUGCGCCGUUCAUAGAAACGCCAUGGAAAGAAAGUGACGCACUGCACACCGAACCGAAACUGUUUUUCACAGCCAAGACGAUUGGUUGAGAAAACUAGAUGCGUGUGUUUUUUUGGACGGGCGUCAUCGCAACGUGGCAGGUUUCCACUUAAAAAACAGCCUCCCCUUCUUGUCUCAUCUAUCCAAGAUCAGGGUUUCCCCCAGAAAACUUGUUUAGCCCAGUGGAAACGGUCACAGACUGAUGGCAGCGUUAACGUAGAGCCCAAUAGUUUCUGUGAUGACAGAUUCAUGGACAGAACCCGGAAUCGGCGAAAUU